GAUUGGUUUCCAUCUGGACCAGAAACUUAAAAUUGAAGAAAAGUCAGCUUAUACUUGAUGAAAACAAAGUAUUAAACAGAAAACUGAAAUGGAUUUCAGAUUCAACUUUAAUGCCUCAGUACAAUAAGCUGAUUAUUGGAACCUGUGACAGAGAGAUACGUCUAUAUGAACUUUCCAACUUUGAACCAUACUGUCAAAUCAUUGGCCUUGAAACAAUGCCUCUACACCUAGAUUACAGUGUUCGAGAGGAAGAUGAAUGCAUAAUAUUGUAUGGUGAUGAACAGGGCUGUGUUAACAUCAUCUUGAUCUCUUCUGUGGGAGAAACACUGAGGAAUUGGACAAAGUGUCCAGCUGUGGAGGAAAUCCCCAGUGUUUCCAUGGAGAACAUUAAUGACAGUAGAAAUAUCACCUUCAUUCGCUGGAAGGUUCAUAAUGAUUGGGUGACCAAGAUCAAAUACAUUCAUUCUAUAGAAUCCAUUAUAUCCAGUUCAAAUGAUGAUUAUACAGCACUAGUUAUAGCUUUGGAUCUUCAUCCUCGCAACACAGACCCCAAUCCUGUAAACACUUCCACCCAUGCCUAACUUUAUCUACACGCUGUGUCAAUGGAACUAAAGAUGUGCAGCAUCGUUUGAGGAUUCUGAUGGACUCCAGCAGCAUUCCAACC